GAGACUCACAGGUUUCUUAAAGAUUAUAUAGUCACUAAACUACAGUCGCCGCUUGCACCCCCAUCCCGGAUGCCCAUCCAUUUGCUUCCUCAGCAUGGUGUUGCACUACUCUGUAUGACUUUGGCUCUGAAGAUACUCUUCCCAUCAGCCCUCCGUGCUUUCAGCCGAAAAGAACCCUGCCUAUUCCGAAAACAUUAUCAGCCUGACAUAAGACAAUUCAGUCAGUGGUCAGAAACCGAUCUGCUUCAGGGGCAUUGCCUCCUCCAGAGAAGAAAGCCUGUUCUGUCAUUCCAGGGAGGCAACCUAAGGUCGUGGGUCUCCUGCCUUGUUUUCUUGCCAGGGUCGCAUGUGGGACUGUGCGGUGGUCCCGGUAAGAUGGCUGAGCAGCGCUUCUGUGUGGACUAUGCCAAACGUGGCACAGCUGGCUGCAAAAAAUGCAAGGAAAAAAUUGUGAAGGGCAUAUGCCGAAUUGGCAAAGUGGUACCCAACCCCUUCUCAGAGUCUGGGGGUGAUAUGAAGGAGUGGUACCACAUUAAGUGCAUGUUUGAGAAACUGGAACGCGCCCGGGCCACCACAAAGAAAAUUGAGGACCUCACAGAACUGGAAGGCUGGGAGGAGCUGGAAGAUAAUGAGAAGGAACAGAUAAGUCAGCACAUUGCAGAUCUGUCUUCUAAAUCAGCGAGCACACCAAAGAAGAAAGCUGUUGUCCAAGCUAAGUUGACAGCCACUGGCCAGGUGACAUCUCCAGCAAAAGGCACUUCAUUUGUCACCAACACCAAUCCCCGGAAGUUUUCUGGCUUUUCAGCCAAACCCAACAACUCUGGGGAAGUCCACUCAAGCCCUACCCCUAAGACAAGUCUGUCCUCAAGCAAGUGUGACCCCAAGCACAAGGAUUGUCUGCUGCGAGUGUUUCGGAAGUUGUGUGCCAGCGUGGCUGAAAAUCCUAGCUACAACACAAAGACGCAGAUCAUCCAAGACUUCCUACGGAAAGGUUCAGCAGGAGAUGGUUUUCAUGGUGAUGUGUACCUAACAGUGAAGCUGCUGCUGCCAGGUGUUAUUAAGAGUGUUUACAACUUGAAUGAUAAGCAGAUUGUGAAGCUUUUCAGCCGAAUUUUUAACUGCAACCCAGAUGAUAUGGCACGAGACCUAGAGCAGGGUGAUGUGUCAGAGACAAUCAGAGUCUUCUUUGAGCAGAGCAAGUCUUUCCCCCCAGCUGCCAAGAGCCUUCUUACCAUUCAGGAGGUGGAUGAAUUCCUUCUGAAGCUCUCCAAGCUCACCAAAGAGGAUGAGCAGCAACAGGCCCUGCAGGACAUCGCCUCCAGGUGUACAGCCAAUGAUCUCAAGUGCAUCAUCAGGUUGAUCAAACAUGAUCUGAAGAUGAACUCAGGUGCAAAACAUGUGUUAGAUGCCCUUGACCCCAAUGCCUAUGAAGCCUUCAAAGCCUCACGCAACUUGCAGGAUGUGGUGGAGCGGGUCCUUCACAACGAGCAGGAGAAGGAGCCAGGCCGGAGGCGAACUCUGAGUGUUCAGGCCUCGCUGAUGACUCCCGUGCAGCCCAUGCUGGCUGAGGCCUGCAAAUCCAUUGAGUAUGCAAUGAAGAAAUGUCCCAAUGGCAUGUUCUCUGAAAUCAAGUACGAUGGGGAGCGAGUCCAGGUGCAUAAGAACGGGGACCACUUCAGCUACUUCAGCCGCAGUCUCAAGCCUGUCCUGCCUCACAAGGUGGCCCACUUUAAGGACUAUAUCCCCCAGGCUUUCCCUGGGGGUCAGAGCAUGAUUCUGGACUCGGAGGUGCUCCUGAUUGACAACAAGACAGGCAAACCAUUGCCCUUUGGAACUCUGGGAGUACACAAGAAAGCUGCCUUCCUGGAUGCUAAUGUCUGCCUGUUUGUUUUUGACUGUAUUUACUUCAAUGAUGUCAGCUUGAUGGACAGGCCCCUGUGUGAGCGACGAAAGUUUCUUCAUGACAACAUGGUUGAAAUUCCUAACCGGAUCAUGUUCUCAGAAAUGAAGCAAGUCACGAAAGGUUCAGAUUUGGCUGACAUGAUAAACCGGGUGAUCCGGGAGGGAUUGGAAGGGCUGGUGCUGAAGGACGUGAAGGGUACUUAUGAGCCUGGGAAGCGGCACUGGCUGAAAGUGAAGAAAGACUAUUUGAAUGAAGGGGCCAUGGCUGACACAGCUGACCUGGUGGUCCUUGGGGCCUUCUAUGGACAAGGAAGCAAAGGCGGCAUGAUGUCCAUCUUCCUCAUGGGUUGCUAUGAUCCAAGCAGCCAGAAGUGGUGCACAGUCACCAAGUGUGCUGGAGGCCAUGAUGAUGCGACACUUGCCCGCCUGCAGAAGGAACUGGACAUGGUGAAGAUCAGCAAGGAUCCCAGCAAGAUACCCAGCUGGCUGAAAAUCAACAAGAUCUACUAUCCUGACUUCAUCGUCCCAGACCCAAAGAAAGCUGCUGUGUGGGAGAUCACAGGGGCUGAAUUCUCUAAAUCCGAGGCUCACACCGCUGAUGGGAUUUCCAUCCGAUUCCCUCGCUGCACCCGAAUCCGUGAUGAUAAGGACUGGAAAUCUGCCACCAACCUCCCCCAACUCAAGGAACUGUACCAGCUGUCCAAGGAAAGGGCAGACUUCACUGUAGUGGCUGGAGAUGAGGGGAGUUCCACUACAGGGAGCAGCAGUGGAGAGAAUGAGGGUACCUCAGGGACUACUGUGUCUCGCAAGGCCUCUGGAACCUCCCCCACUGCCAAGAAGGCAGGAGGGAAGCUGACCAGCCCCAGCAGCAAAGGCAGCAACAAACUGACUGCAAAGCCUUCCUCUGUGAAAGUGGGAGAGAAGCAGGCUAUGAAGUCUCCUGUGAAAGUAGGGCAGAAGCGGAAGGCUCCUGAUGAGACUCCUUGCCAGACAAAGAGGCGGCCGGCCAGUGAGCAGAGAGGAAGGAGAGCUGUGCCAGCAGGCAGGAGAUAAACAGCCCCGCCUAGCAAGACAGCCACAGGACCUAUGUGGUUCCUGGUCCUAAGUCUCAAUUUACAUUAAAGGGGAGAAAUCCCAGUCUGGGUAUGGGCGUGUGGCAGCGUGAGUUUAUGUUCAGGGUGGGACCGAGGACAGCCAGCAAGGAGGGGGAGAGGGCACUGGCUUGGUGACUGUCCACCCCUCUGACUACCUCUGACUACCCUUUCCCUUUCAUACUUCCUUGACAGUUACUGGUUCAUCGUAGCUAGGGAGCACCUCCUGAGGCCAGGAAGUAAGUUUAGUACUGACUCAGUCCUGGAGGGCUGAGGCCCAAAGGGCAGAUGCAAAGUAAAUGUUUGAUCACUAUAUAGUGGGAUUGUCCCCACCUGCUGGCAGCUCAGGCCCUGAAUCCAGACCCCAGCUGACCUGUACGACCUUGUCCCUCUCUUCCCUCCCUGAAGCCCUUGAGCCCAUCUACAGUGACAGCAGGGCUUCUGGCCCCCAGGGUAUGCCCCCAAGAUGGCCUCCAUCGUGCAACAUCACUGUAUCUGAGAGUCAGUGGCCUGGCCUUCUGGUCACUGCAUGGUUCUUGUAGACUCGUCCCUUCCUUAGGUCCCCAGUUUUGUUCCUCCUCCCACCAGGGAUAGAGUCAGUCAGUCUGUGUAAUGCCUAGUGACUAGAAAUGGGAGAUUUUGAUGUCUUUUUCUCUGCUCCUGUCCAUACCACUAGGCUCCAUCUCUGGCUCUUGUUCUAAUCUCCUUACUACCUCUGGCCUGUGCUCAACUGGGUGGAGACCUGCCUG